AUGCCACAAAUCGGCUGGUAUGGACUCGGGUCCAUGGGCCUAGCAAUGGCCUCCAAUCUGCAGCGCCACCUAGCCACGAAGAAGGCUGUGAGCCUGAUGUAUUCGAACCGCACGAUGUCGCGCGGUUCACCCCUGCAAGCACUGGGUGGAACUCCAGAACCAAAUUUCGAGAAGCUGGUGUCUCAAUGUGGAAUCAUUUUCACCAUGGUCUCAAAUGACGCAGUGCUCCAAAGCCUGUUAUCCACCGCCAUGAGUUCAAGUCAGUCGCUGAAGGACAAGAUCUUCGUCGACUGCUCAACAGUGCACCCGGAGACCGUGAGGUCGGCUAUAUCGCAGCUGAAAAGCAAGGAUGCAUCUUAUGUAGCAGCACCGGUCUUUGGCGGGAACCCAAUUGCCGUGGAUGGCAAGCUUGUCUUUGCCAUUGGUGGCCCUAAGAGUGCGACUGAAGCCGUCAAGCCUCUGAUCCAGGAUGUGAUGGGGCGGCGCAUUAUUGAAACUGGUGAGGAUGCUACAAGGUCCUCGCUUCUGAAAAUCGCGGGUAACAUUGUUACUGUUAAUAUGAUGGAGGCUGUUGGUGAGGCUCAGGUCUUCGCUGAAAAGACUGGGCUUGGAACUGCUGCUAUGGAAGAGCUCAUUGGAGAGGCCUUUGGUCCUGUUGCUGGGGGGUAUUCUAAGAGAUUGACCACGGGGGCUUAUGCGCCACCCCUGAACUCCCGUCCUGGCUUUGGGGUUUCUCUCGCAAUUAAGGAUGCUAGACAUGCCAUGUCGAUGGCCCGGGAGCAAGGUGUUGAGCUUCCUGGUCUUGAGAUUGCUCGGGCUAACAUGGAGGCUGCGAGAGAAUAUGGCGGAGAGUGCCUGGAUAGCAGUUCGAUGUACGGGACGCUGCGCCAGAAGGCUGGUCUGGAGUUUUGGAAUGAGAAGAGCAGGAGAGAGUAG